CAUGGCUCUCCACAUGAUGUGGUAGACGCCUCUCUUGACCUCUCUCUCUUUCCCUCUUAGCAGCCGUAACCGUUACUUAACGCCGUGAGGACUAGGAGCGACGGUGUUAACUGGUGUAGGUCGGUUCCUAGCAACUCCGUCCGCUUUGCACCGUCCCUUUAAACAGAGCCGUUCAGUCUCUUUCUCUCUCUAGAAAUGGGGAUCGCUUCUCUGUUCAUCUUGAUUCAAAGCCCUAACGGGUGGUUUGGACAAUUUUUUUGGGGAUUCUAGGGUUUGUGGACUUUGUGGGUGGCUUUGGCUUAUCCAUCGUUUGGUUGAUGAGGACGGUGUUGCCAUAUGGAUGUUAGUUUCAGUUUUGGGUAUUCUUUCAAUUGAUUGAUGGGUCAUUGCAAUUUCUUCCUCUUCGUGGUUGGAUGUCUGCGGGUUUAAUCUAUGAAGGUGUUUCUCUGGUACUUGUUUUGCUUUGCUGAUUGAUAGAUGAAUCUGCAAUUUUCGGGUUUUGUAUCAUGAAAGGUGAGUGAGGUGCCUUUGUCGGUGUUGGUGGAAUUUGAACUUCCACUCUACAGAGACGAGGAAAGGAAAAACUCCAAAAAAUUGGAAGAAAAAAUGGGAGAAGCUCUGCUCACAACCCUGUCCAUGGAGAAUCACCCAUGCACACUGUUAUCCAUGGAUUCAGGUGCCUUUGCUCAUGAUGACUUGGAGAGAGAGAUGAAUCGGCAGGUCAUCCUUUCAGGGCCACCAGAUAUUAAUCUUCCAUUGUCGGCUGAGCCUAGCCCACCUCCUCAAUUGUGGAAUGAUUCUUGUGACAUCUUGGAUGUCGGUCUUGGCCCUCAAGUUUAUGAGACUGAGGCAAUCACCAAUCUGCCAAAAGUUGGAAGGAAAUGCUCCAAACGGCUCGAUAGUAUUUGGGGUGCCUGGUUUUUCUUCAGUUUCUACUUCAAGCCUGUCUUUAAUGAGAAAUCAAAGUCUAAGAUCACCAGGGACUGUAAUGGGAUUUCUGGUUAUGAUAAAUCGGACUUGGAGCAUGAAGUUUUCUUGGUUCAGCAUGAUAUGGAGAACAUGUAUAUGUGGGUUUUCAAGGAAAGGCCUGAAAAUGCACUGGGUAAAAUGCAGCUGAGGAGUUAUAUGAAUGGGCACUCUCGCCUGGGGGAGCGCCCAUUUCCCUUUAGUGUGGACAAAGGCUUUGUACGAUCUCACAGGAUGCAGAGGAAGCACUACCGGGGUCUCUCUAACCCCCAGUGUAUUCAUGGGAUUGAAGUUGUCCGCUCACCCAAUCUCAUGGGUCUUGAUGAGGAAGACCGGAAGAGGUGGAAGGAGCUUACAGGCCGAGAUAUAAACUUCUCGAUCCCUCUAGAAGCAAGUGAUUUUAGUUCGUGGAGGAACCUUCCAAACACAGAGUUCGAGCUUGAGCGUGCCCCUCCUCUGUUGAAGAAUCAUACAAAUCCACACCCAAGAAAAUUGCUUAAUGGUACUAGUUUGAAUUUGUCAACACAGCCAUCAAACCAUGUCAAUGGUGAUGUGUUGGACCUUUCACCAGUCUGUAAUAAAAGGAGGAAGGAUUUCUUCCCGCAUGGAAAUGAUGAUGAUUGCUGUUUACCUAAUAAUGCUAUGGAAAUCCACCCAAUUGAACCACACUGGUCAAAGGAGUUUAGUGGGGUUAUGAGGAAUGUAUAUGGGCCAGUUACAGCUGCAAAAACUAUAUAUGAGGAUGAUGAAGGGUUCUUGAUUAUCAUCAGUUUGCCUUUCGCAGAUCUUGAGAGGGUGAAAGUUACUUGGAGGAACACUCCUUCACAUGGGAUCGUAAAGAUAUCUUGUGUAAGUACAGUUUGCAUGCCAUUCAUUAAGAGACAUAAUAGGACAUUCAAGCUAACAGACCCAACACCAGAGCACUGCCCUCCUGGGGACUUCAUUAGGGAAAUCCCCCUUCCAACCCGCAUUCCAGAGGACGCCAAACUAGAAGCAUAUCGUGAUGAAACAGGAACUAUGCUUGAGAUUGUCGUGCCCAAACAACGAGUAGGACCAGAAGAGCAUGAGGUCCGGGUAUGCCUUCGUCCUCUCCUUGGAGUGAAAGAGCAUAUGUUGACAUGAAAGAGGCAUUAGUCUGAAAGGUGUAAGGGUGGUUACAGUGGUUGGUGCUUCAUUAUUUACUGACCUUAUUCCAUAAAUGAAAUCUGCAGUUUACUGAUUAUAUUUGUGUUUUUUUUUUUCUUCUUAUUUUACUUCUAUACUUUUCCCUUUGUGAUGCAAUUUUCCCCCCUCUUUCAUAGACUAGUAGAUCAUAUUUGAUCACUCGAGAAGUGAUCAAAAGUAUGUAGAUCAUCAUAGACCUACCAACCUAUGUAUCCUUUCUAACUUCUGUAUGUGCUGAUUACCUUGGUGCUUGUUCCAAUGCAUCUGGUUUCCUUGAAUAGUUUCUAAAUUAUGAAGUUAGGUCUAGAUUUACUAUCA